GCCGCCCCCAGCGGAAGCGCCGCCGGUGCCGGUGCCGGGAGGGCGCCACGUCAGGCGGGGCGGGGCGGGAGCGGCGGGAUGCGUUGCGGGAUGCGGAGCGGGAGCGGCGGGAUGCGUUGCGGGAUGCGGGCGCUGGCGCUGGCCCUGCUGCUGGGCGCGCUGCGGGCCGGCGGCACCGAGCUGACCUUCGAGCUGCCCGACAGCGACAAGCAGUGCUUCCACCAGGAGCUGGAGCGCGGCACCAAGUUCACGCUGGACUACCAGGUGAUCACUGGGGGACACUACGACGUGGACUGCUUCGUGGAGGACCCCAACGGCAGGACAAUCUACAAGGAGACCAAGAAGCAGUAUGACAGCUUCCCGCACCGCACCGAAGUCCAGGGCGUCUACACCUUCUGCUUCAGCAACGAGUUCUCCACCUUCUCCCACAAAACCAUCUACUUCGACUUCCAGGUGGGCGACGAGCCACCGAUCCUGCCCGACAUGAGCAACCGCGUCACCGCCCUGACACAGAUGGAGUCCGCCUGCGUCACCAUCCACGAGGCUCUGAACACGGUGAUCGACUCCCAGACUCACUACCGCCUGCGGGAAGCGCAGGACCGGAGCAGAGCCGAAGACCUCAACGGCCGGGUCUCGUACUGGUCGGUUGGGGAAACCCUCAUCCUCUUUGUGGUCAGCAUUGGGCAAGUGAUGCUGCUCAAAAGCUUCUUCACCGAGAAGAGACCCGGCAGCGGCGGGGCCAGCACCUAGAGCCGCAGCCGUUCUGUGCCCGAACUGCGGGGGGAAGACGGGCGGGCAGCGUCCCAGCGUCCUCCCGGCUCACAUUUACCUCUGGUUUUCACAAGGUGCUGCUGCGGGGAGGCGGCUGGAGGGGAGCAGGGGAUGAUGUGACGCUGCCGAGCCAGGUGGAAAAUGGUCACCCAAGCAUGGGCAUCCCCGAGCCCGUGGGCCACCCCAGCAUCACCUCCCGCUUUGCCUUCACCUGCCCUGUGGCCCCGUCCCCUUGCCCGGCCGCUCUGUCCCCGCUCGCCAGCCCCACCUGGGCCCUUGUCCGACGCCUGGUGCACCUUCAGAGCCCGAUGUGACUGCAAGGUGCAGCCGGGCAUCCAGCAAGGCCGGGCACUGCCCGCUCGCGCCCGCGGGGCAGGGAGCUGUGCCCGGGCUGCCGAGGGGACGGGGCAGCGCUGACCCACCCAGCGCCCACCUCCCGAGCGCUCCUGCAUCGAGCCGGGUGCCGUUAUCCCAGAGGGAGCUGCCCUGCGGCUGCCGGCUCGGUGCCCGCGGGCAGAGGAGGGGCGAGCGCAGCUCCCCUUUCUCCCCGGGGCAGGCACACGCUCCCCGCCGCGGGGCCCACGCCGGCAACAGCGUCCCAGGAGCCGCUGGCUCAAAAACGGAGGCGAGGUUUCAGCAGGAGCUUUUUGCUGGGUGAUUUCCUUUGCUUUGCGAGCCCCCGUCCUCACGGCGAAGCAUUUCCCAGGCCCUUCUCCGUGCCCCGAGCAAGAUGGUAGUUUCAUCCUUGCAGGAGUCCAUGCCUGGGGUGCCCAGCAGACAGCGGCAGCGGGCACAGCUCUGCUCAACCCGUGCUGAGGAAGCCCCAUCCCCGCCCCAGCAGCAGCGAGGACCCCCCUGCACCCCUGGGACUGCAGCCUGGAGCCCCCCAAAACAGAGACCUCCCCCCUGAGAGCCCGGGGAGGCCACCCUGUGCGAGAGCCCCAUGGAGACCAGAGCACUGGCCGCUGCCGCCAGCCCUUGAGCGGGUUGAGGAUCACUCCUCCGGAGCCGGAGCAGCACCACCACUGCUGUUUUACUUUGCCACUGCGUAAUAAACCCCC